UCGCACACCAGUCUUUAGAGGACUUAGGGCUCUAUUUUUAGUGUCCAUCUCGCUUAGAGGUCGGCAUUUUAGUCGUAGGCUCGCACGCUGAUUUCUGCCGUCGUGCACUCCGUCGAAGGGUUUGUGUGUUGUCGCCGCGAUCAGUUGCGUGCAAGUUGAGGUUGUUGGACUUCGUUCCUUGGCGUUGGUUGGAGCCGUGUCGUCGUCUCUACUUCGCUUGCUCCUGCGUUCUCCUCGCUGUCUUCCUAGACCGCCUAGAGAGGGUUACGCUCACUCCAGAUCAAUUCCCAAAUUUAGAAGAACCACAGUUUCGAUCUUCAAGUCCUCGUCGUUUUUAGAGCCAUUGUCGUCUUAAUCACCCUUGGUUGACCAUAAUCUCCUUCAGAUGUCGUCCCUGCUCGCGAACCUCCCGUCUCGGGGGAAUUUCUCCGCAGCAGCGUGCACGCUGUCGUCGUCGAUCCCGGUGUACAUAUGCGACCAUGACACGUCUCCGCCGUCCGAUCAGGUCAUCACCACCGAUCCGACGAACAUCCUGCUCCGCGCGCUCACUAUGAAGAAGACUCGCGACGCGGAGGCGGCGAAGGCGGCGCAAGAAAAGGGGAGGAAGAUAGUAUCCGGCGCUGCUGGUGCUUCCGGUGCUGCUGGUGCUGCUGGUGCUGCUGGUAAUUCUGGUGCUGCUGCUGCUGGUGCUGCGGGUGCUUCUGAUGCUGCUGCUCACGAAACCAGACCACGGCAAUCGGCGGUGCAGGAUAGAGGGAAGCGGCCUGCCACCGGGGAGCCUGGUCACGACGACGCAAUCGGUUCCUCUAGACCCGGCGGGAGACCAGCGAAGCGCGGUCCUGGCGUGGGGGGGAGCAGCAGCGGCGGGGUUGAGCAAGAUCGGGAAGCGGGGCGGACUGUAAGGGGGAUGACGAGUGAGCGGGACGUGGAUGGGCUGACCGUCGAGCGGCUGCGAGCGUGCUUGAGGGAGAAGGGGCUGUCGAUCCGGGGGAGGAAGGAGGAGCUGGUAGCUCGGCUCAAGCAGGCUCUGGACUUCAACCAGCAGUAGAAGGGAGCUUCUGAGUCGACUCAAGAGUCAUCUGCGAGCGUGCUUGAGGGAGAAGGGGCUGUCGAUACGGGGGAGGAAGGAGGAGCUGGUACCUAGACUGAAGCAGGCUCUGGGAUUUAAUUAGCAUGGGUGGGAGCUCCUGAGAGUCCGACUCAAGACUCAUAUGCGAGCGUGCUUGAGUGAGAGCUGGCUCCUCCUUCCUUCCUCCCCAUGAGCGUGCUGUCGAUCAUGGGGAGGACGGAGGAGCUGGUAGGUAGCUCGGCGCAAGCAGGCUCAACCACCAGUAGGGGAAGCUAGGCGGAGCGAUACGGUAAUUCGCCAUCAAGCCUUCAGUGGGUGUUGGAUUGGAUGGACCUUCCAACCUCCAUUAGAGGAGGCAAUCUUGUGCAUGUGAAGAAGAGGGAUACCGUACUUUAGUUUCCCUUAGGAUCUGUCACCUCAACCUCCAAUGUCCUUUCCCGCUUCCCUUCCCUCCCCGCGCAUACAACAGUAGUUCUACCUUGUACGGUACCAUGGUCCUCGAUCCCCCAUAAGCUGUGUGUGUGUCCUUGUGUGCUCUGUUGUUCCUCACUGCUCAGCAGCGGCCAGGUCUCAACUCCACCCAGGACAUCUCAGGGAGGGGGGUAUCAGAAUAAUUGAAUGAUAGUAAA